AUGACCUCUUUAAAAACAUCUUUUAAGGCACAAUACGACACGAGUAAGAAAAUGGAUUCAGAUUCUUCAACGGAUUGGCCUCACAUGCUUGGUUUUAACGGAACAUACAAGUACCUGUACUUGGAAGACAAUGUCUCCUAUGUAGACUUCUACCUUCAUCAGCCAUCAGUGGCAGCUGUCUUCAUCGUCUCUUACCUCCUCAUCUUCUUGCUCUGUAUGAUUGGCAACGGAGUGGUUUGCUUUAUCGUUCUGAGGAGCAAACACAUGCGAACAGUCACAAAUCUUUUCAUCUUAAACCUGGCGGUCAGUGAUUUACUGGUGGGAAUCUUCUGCAUGCCCACCACUCUCCUGGACAACAUCAUUGCAGGAUGGCCGUUUGGGAGCAUGGUUUGCAAGAUGAGUGGGAUGGUCCAAGGAAUCUCUGUCUCAGCCUCUGUCUUCACUCUAGUUGCAAUUGCUGUAGACAGGUUUCGAUGCAUCGUUUAUCCUUUUAAGCAGAAGUUGACCAUUCCAACUGCAGUUGUCAUUUUAGCAGCCAUCUGGAUUCUGGCUGUGGCAAUCAUGUGUCCCUCUGCAGUCAUGUUGCAGGUGCAAGAAGAGAAGCAUUUCAGGGUGAUCCUUGGCUAUGGCAAUGAAACCCGCCCUGUCUACUGGUGCCGGGAGGACUGGCCUGAUCCAGGCAUGAGAAAGAUCUACACAACGGUUCUCUUUGUCAACAUCUAUCUGGCUCCCCUGUCGCUCAUUGUUAUCAUGUACGUGAGGAUAGGCAUUACUCUCUUCAACACGGCAAUGCCUGCGGUGGGAAAACACAGCCAGGAGCAGCGGCACCUUGCGUCCAAGAAGAAGCAAAAAGUAAUCAAAAUGCUCGUUAUCGUGGCUUUGCUUUUCAUCCUGUCCUGGCUUCCUCUGUGGACUCUGAUGAUGCUCUCAGACUACGCUAACCUGUCAGAUGUCCAGCUGCAGAUCAUUAACAUUUAUAUCUAUCCCUUUGCACACUGGCUGGCCUUUUUCAACAGCAGCGUCAACCCCAUCAUCUAUGGUUUCUUUAAUGAAAACUUUCGCCGAGGUUUCCAGGCAGCCUUUAAACUUCAGCUCUGUUCUAGGGAGGUGAUUCACAAAGAGGUCUAUUUGCAGCGAGGCCAAAACAAUGCCAUUUUGCCAGCUGUCAACUACCAGACACCCCAAGAUGAAGCUUGUCAAAAUGCUAAGGAGGAGGGGAAGCCAAUUAGGAAAGGAAAUUGGAUGAAUAAGCAGCAGGAUUUGAUGCUGGAGGAUCUAGAAGAGCCCUCCAACGAUGGGGUUAAGUGA